CAUGAGUUUGUUCAGUUCUAAGGCAAGGUCUUGGUACUUUAUCCUGCCAUCCACUCCAGCUGUUACGUUGUUCGGUAAUCUCAACAUUGUGUGUUGAUGCGAAAUUCAAACAACACGAACCACAUAAGACUGCUGAGAUUGAUGGUUGCAUUCCUGAGUUUCGUGAGUCCUGUCUCCUUUCAGCUGCUUUGGCUCUCUAUUUUUUGGGAGCCUCAGAAGGGUCCUUCCGCGCGCUUGCGCUCCUGGCGAAGGUUCAUUGACCUGAGUACCUGAUGGGCUCCACGAUGCGGCAACGAAGCAGAGCCGCUACACUGAGCCUGCUUUGCUUGGUUUGUCUGUGGAGGUAUGAAGAGCGAGGCUUUCUGACUGCUUCAACGCCAAGAUCCUCCUUAAGUGCCCUGAAGGCUGCUGGUGACGACUUUGAUUUUGGAGACACACCACCAUCCAGAGCGGCGCCAGCGUCCACACCAAGCAAGAGCAAGACCAUGGCAAGUAGAGAUUACGACGAUGAUGACGAUGACGAGGAUGAUUAUGACGAGAUGCGCCGCGACGAGCCGGUGGACUCCGGGAGCGUAGCGACCAUCGUUAGCUUUGCCCUGCUGGCGGUUGGGGUCAUCGCUUUCCUCAUCUUCCAGGUGGGUCAGCAAAAUGCAGCAUUCUCUGGCAGCAAUGACGCGCCCCAGAUCAAGAAGGUUCAGGCGGUCUUUGACACAUAUUAUGCCGAGGGUGAGACUGUGAAGUAGCGUGAUGUUAGACGAGGUGUACAAACACUUGCGUGCAUCUCGCGGGAAAGUUCCGCGGGCGCACCGGUGAUCCGCAAAGACAUGAGCCAUGUGAUCGACCAUGUGCAGG